GGGAUCGGGUAGGAGAACGGAUGUGAGGCUGGCACAAUAGAGAACCGGGAGCACGAGACUAGAGGUUCAGGGGUCCAUCUCGAGGGCAGCGCAGGCGACCCCAGCUUAGGACCCGAGAGGGAGCAUGCCCCUUGAAGGAGCCCCGACUCCCACUACGUCUGCUCUGGGCCCCGGGACCUUUGUGUGGGCUCUGUGGUGGGCCAGCCGGGACAAUGCCCAAGCAUUGCCCUCACCACUCUGUGGUUCGGCCCCGCCCAGGCCCGGGGAGGCCACGCGCUGGACGGGAUGGGAUAAAGAGGCUGUCAGGGCCCCAGAAGUGGCCAAGGCGGGGCCAUCGAAAGGACCUACACAGGACGGCGGGCUUUCCUGAGGGAGGACAGCCUCUUACUCUAGAGGCUUCAGUCUGAGGCUCCUUAUCCUGCCGCCCCUAAGGGCCCAAACUCACCUUCGCCUCCCGCGCAUUGCUCCCCGACUGGUGGUGGAGGAGGAGGAGCUCCGAAUUUGGGCCACUUGGGGCCCUGCGCUCUGCUGCCUCAACCCCGUGUUCUCUGAGAACCCUCCUGGCAUCCUCCCCGCCUCCGCUCUCUCGCGCGGGCCUCCGGGGUCCGGCUGAUGCUCUGCGCGCCAGAAUCUCCCGCUAUUUGGCUGCGCUCCUCGCCUCCGGCCGGGUCUCUGCCGCGUGUUGCUCCCACGGCCCACUUAAUCCUUGCUAGCUGCCGAAGGCUCAGGGAUUCUCUUGGGGCAGAGAGUGCAGGUAUGGGAGAAGGCCCGAGCAGGAGUUGCUGAUGCUGAGCACCUGGAACGUCCAGACCGCAGGCGUUCGUUCCCACGUGCGAGAUGCUUGGCGCGCGGGGCCCACCAAAGGAGUGGGCACGAGUGGUAACUGACAAUGAAGGGAGAAAUGUACUGGCAACCGUUUGGGAAUGGGCAAAGAAGAGCGGGAACUAAGAGUGAGCACGCAAACGGUGCCAGAGUGUGGUGGUGGCUGGAUUUCGAAGUGUGCACAAAGGCACGAGUUGUGUUGCCUGGGCAGCGUUUGGCCUGUGGGGUGUGUAACAAGAAUGGAGAGUCCAGAAGGUGGGGUAGGAGGAUGAACUCCGCGGGAGGCACGCUCGGGAGGCUGAGGACCGGGCGUGCCAAGGGGAUGAGACCGGGCCAGCUGAGAAGGUGCUUUCUCUCAGGGGCCUUGGGCGACACGGACUUUUGCAGAGCGCUCCUAGCUGUCUCGGAGACUCCAGGGCCUCGUGGUCAUUGUCAGAAGGGUUUGAGAAGGGUGCCCCGAGCGCUGUGCUGGGGUGGCUAAAGGCUGGCCCUCCUCUCUGCCGCGCAGAGCGAGUGCAGGAGGCGGAUCCUGGGCGCGUGAGGGCGACAGUCGGCGCGCUGGGCAUGAACCUGGAGGGCAGCGGCCGAGGCGGAGAGUUCGGCAUGAGCUCGGUGAGCUGCGGCAACGGGAAACUCCGCCAGUGGCUGAUCGACCAGAUCGACAGCGGCAAGUACCCAGGGCUGGUGUGGGAGAACGAGGAGAAGAGCAUCUUCCGCAUCCCCUGGAAGCACGCGGGCAAGCAAGACUACAACCGCGAGGAGGACGCCGCCCUCUUCAAGGCUUGGGCACUAUUUAAAGGAAAGUUCCGAGAAGGCAUAGAUAAGCCAGACCCUCCUACCUGGAAGACCCGUUUGCGAUGUGCUUUGAACAAGAGCAACGACUUCGAGGAACUGGUAGAGAGGAGCCAGCUGGACAUCUCAGACCCCUACAAAGUGUACAGGAUUGUUCCUGAGGGCGCAAAAAAAGGAGCAAAGCAGCUCACCCUGGAGGACCCACAGAUGACCAUGAGCCACCCCUACACCAUGACGGCUCCUUAUACCUCACUCCCAGCUCAGCAGGUUCAUAACUACAUGAUGCCACCCCACGACCGAACCUGGAGGGACUACGUCCCUGAUCAGCCCCACCCAGAAAUCCCGUAUCAAUGUCCUGUAACAUUUGGAUCCCGCAGCCACCACUGGCAAGGCCCGUCUUGUGAAAAUGGUUGCCAGGUGACAGGAACCUUUUAUGCUUGUGCCCCGCCUGAGUCCCAGGCCCCUGGAAUCCCCAUAGAGCCAAGCAUAAGGUCUGCUGAAGCCUUGGCGCUCUCAGACUGCCGGCUCCACAUCUGCUUGUACUACCGGGAGAUCCUGGUGAAAGAGCUGACCACGUCUAGCCCAGAAGGCUGUCGGAUCUCCCACGGGCACACCUACGAUGCCAGUAACCUGGACCAGGUCCUUUUCCCCUACCCAGAGGACAAUGGCCAGAGGAAAAACAUCGAGAAACUUCUGAGCCACCUGGAAAGGGGUGUGGUCCUCUGGAUGGCCCCCGACGGGCUUUAUGCCAAAAGACUGUGCCAGAGCAGGAUCUACUGGGAUGGGCCCCUGGCACUGUGCAGUGACCGGCCCAAUAAACUGGAGAGGGACCAGACCUGCAAGCUCUUUGACACACAGCAGUUUUUAGCAGAGCUGCAAGCUUUUGCUCACCAUGGCCGUCCCCUGCCAAGAUUCCAGGUGACUCUGUGCUUCGGAGAAGAAUUUCCAGAUCCUCAGAGGCAAAGGAAGCUCAUCACUGCUCACGUCGAACCUCUCCUAGCCAGACAACUAUAUUAUUUUGCUCAGCAAAACAGUGGACAUUUCCUGAGGAGCUAUGAUUUACCUGAACACAUUAGCAGUCCAGAGGAUUAUCACAGAUCUAUUCGCCACUCCUCCAUUCAAGAAUGAAAAAUGUCAAGACAAGUGAUUUUGUUUCAUUGUAAAUAUCUGACUUUGACAGGAACAGCUGACUGAACUCCCUCUUUUUCUUUUGAGAAACUUGGAAAUUGGGGCUUCAAUUCAACACUUGAGGAGAAUCUCAGCAGGAAUGAGUGUAAAAAAACCAGCUCCAUCUAAUUGACAGAUGAGCUUAUUCCAAAAGGAAGGACAGUUUUCAGGGUCUGCUGUAGACUGCCAUCUUUGAUGAUUACUGUGAAAAUUGACCAAAGGGUGUGUUUACAUUUACUCAAAUGCUAUCUUUAAUUUGAUGUGGAUUAUUUCUUGCUUGAAAACUGAGAAAACUUGUGUUUCAGUAUUGACCACUAACUAGAGGGAUAAAAGCACAUAAGUGUUGUACUAUUUCUCAGGGAAAUAAUAUCUAAAUUUGAGGUGACUCUGCCCACAAAAGAAAUGUAUUAAUGCACAUAGAAGAUGUUGCUCUUGUAGAAAAUGCUUGCUGUUAGAAAGAGAAUCUUUGACUGAGGUUGGACCACAGUGCCUCCAGCUUUGGGGUGGCUGAUCACUCCACCUGGCCUGGGUCUCACCCCGGCACGGACUUCCCUGCCCUAUCUCACACUGCCUCCCAUUUGCUCUCUCUCCUUGGGUGCCCCUAGAAGCCAGUUGGUGUUUUCUGGAACCAAGAAGCAUUAGGACUACCCUUGAUUAGCAUAUUUUUGUAAGUUCUACAAUCUUUUAAUGGCUACUUAAGAUAUUUUUUGUUUGUCUUUUUGUCUCUCAUUCUGUAGAAAUUGUUGCCAAAACUUUUUUCUUAAAAAAGAAAAAAAGAUCAACAAUCCAAGUACUAAAGAUAUAUUUUUGAAACUUGGUGACAUUUCCCCUCUUACCCUGUUUGUUUUGUUUGGCUAUCAGUUAGUUAUCCAUGACAACACUAAAGAGGAGGAGCUGAUGCUUUUCAAUUUGGUGAACUCUGUUAGGAAAGAUGAUGACAGGAUUUCACUGAUUGCAUAACUGCAGAUUCAGGGGGCUGUUUUUGCUUAUUUUGUAUAUUAUAUGCUUCCUCCUGCCAAUAUGGUUUGACAGGGCCUUAAAAUUACUGGGCUUUUUCCAAAUACAUCUUUUUAUAGAAUCACUAAGAUCUCCAGUUGCUUAAGUAAACCUGAUCACUUCCUUGUUGAUUGUUUUGGAAAAGUACAGAUGUUUAGACUGAUGCUGGCAACUGAUAUUUUUAUCAUACUACAGAAAAAUAGCUAUUACUUUCAGGUUUGGCAAAAGGCUUAGUAGUUCUCAAAUAUAUGCCACUCUUUUUUUUUUUUUUAAAUUUUAUUAUGUUAGUCACCAUACAAUAUAUCAUUAGUUUUUGAUGUGGUGAUCCACUAUCCAUUGUUUUCAUAUAACACCCAGUGCUCCAUGCAGUAUGUGCCCUCCUUAAUACCCAUCACCGGGCUAACCAAUCCCCCCUCUCCUCUCCCCUCUAAAACCCUGUUUGUUUCUCAGAGUCCAUAGUCUCUCAUGGUUCAUCUCUCCCUCUGAUUUCCCUCCCUUCAUUUUUCCCUUCCUUCUCCUAAUGUCCUCCAUGCUAUUCUUUAUGUUCCACAAAUAAGUGAAACCAUAUGAUAAUUGACUUUCUCUGCUGAUCUAUUUCACUUAGCAUAAUCUCUUAUUCUAAUCUAUAUUUUUAAUUCAUUCAACAAACUGUAUCCUUUGCAUUAGACAGAUUAUAUAUAGUCUUUAUCCAGUUUAGUAAGCAAUGAAGCAUUGGAAUGUUAUUUUUUUAACUUCUAAAAGGAGUUUUUUUUAAAGGAUUUUAUUUACUUGAGAGAGAGCGAAAGAGCAAACGAGAGAGAGAGCACAAGCAGGGAGGAGGGGCAGAGGGAGAGGGAGAAGCAGGCUCUCCGCUGAGCAGGGAGCCCGAUGUGGGACUAGAUCCCAGGACCCCAGGAUCAUGACCUGAGCAGAAGGUAGACGCUUAACUGACUGAGCCACCCAGGUGCCCCAAGGAGUUUUUAAUGAUAGCGUAAUACAUAUUAACGACAGAAAAUGUAAGUAAUAUAGACAGGCAAAAAUGAAGCAACAUCCUCUUUCUUUUUCCCAGCCCAAAUCCUGCUCCCUUGAAAUAUCCACAAGAAGAGUUUGACUUAUUCUUCCAAUACAUUUCACUUCUCUGUAGAUAUACGUCAGCUCAAAAAACCUCAUAGGAUCAUCUUGCAGCCACUUUCAUGCAGUGCUCUCUUAACCUAACAGUACAGAUUUACCUCAGUCUUUUUAGAGGCAUUGCUGUUGUAGAACUCCACCACCAUGCAGUCCAUAGCACAGUUUAAGGAAUUUCAUCAGCCGCUAAAAGUGAAUACGCAUGGACAGCAGAUUAUAUUUUGUGAAUUGUAGUAAUUUAUACAUCUUAUAGAUGCAAAGUAUUUUAGGGUAUAUUAUCCUAAGGGGGAUUUGAAAGCAAAAUUAGAACCACUGUGACACAAGCCCCAGUGUAUGUGGCCCUCUUGCCUGGAGAAUAUUUAACCCCAUGCCAGCGCUUCAGAGAAGUUCUCUGGUGUCAGUCCCAGGGGUGCUGUGUCUUCUGAAUUCUCAAAGUAGAUGCCUGAUUUCUAUUGCUGUUGCAAACUCUUUUCUUUCGUCUUUCUUUUUUAAUAUUAAGCUGCUUUAACACUGGAGUUACAUUUUCUGGAAAAUACUCUUGGCUUGGGCCACUUCCCCCUUUCUCAUGUUUAGUCCCAUAUACUUUGACUUUUUAUUAUUAUUUUUUUAAUUUGGAGGAAUCCAGACUAUGAGCUAGUGAAUGAAUUAUGAAAUAAUCAGGGUAAAGAAUCCUGACAGCUGUCUCAGGAUUUUGAAAAUGAAUGAUUGCCUCAUUUCUUGACUUGAUAAGUAGAAUUUAGUUUGUUCUCAAUUGAAGAUACGAUAGAAGAGUUUAGGCAUUUAUUAUGCUAAAAAGCUUUAGAUGGCAAGGUUAAAAAAUGUGUAAGUCUCACAGGUGCAUGUUCUAAUGGCUUGUUUCUUGUUCUUUGGAUUUAGUAAAACAGUGGGCGGUUGUUGAUGUCUUCUGGAACACUGUAAAGAACCAGGGUGACCAACCCAUUUAAAACCCAAACCUUGGAACCCCCUCAGUCCCAGGCAAAACAGGACAGUUAUCGCCCUAUAGAGAACCCAGCAAGACUGUUGCCUGGAGCUAGGAAGACACUGUUCCAUUGGGAGAUAAAAUUUAAAAUCCUGCAUGGAAUAAGCAACAUGACAAUAUGGUUAUCACUAAAGCACAGAUAUGCCCAGGUUUGCAUUUAGAAAAAGACACACACUGGGCUAAGGUAUGAACAAGGUUGUCUUUGCAUGUCACUGUGUGUAAACCCCAGAGUUGUUCCAACUCUGGGGGUCUUGGUGCAGGAUCUGGCAUGGGCUUUUGCUUGAGAGGCUGAGCAACAGGUGGACAUGCAUCCCCAGAGAAUCCUUGCUUCUGUGUUGGCUGUACCAGUAAACAUCAAUUUUUUUUCUAGCAAAUAUUUUUUUAGUUCAGACUCCGUUUCAUUCCUCCUUGAUCACAUUUCUCCCCUUUCUUCACAGGUAAAUGUUUUCCUGGAAGUGGUGAGCUUCCUUAAAGUCUAUAUUUUUACUAUCUAUCUCCCUAGUUUAUAGCUGACUGGCAUCUAUUUAAAUGUUGCAUUAGGGCUGUCCUGCCAUAUGCAUUGUUCUGCAACUUACUUUUCUCAUAGCUCCAUCUUUGAGAUUGAUCAGUCCCUCAAUGUAGGUGGGUCUCAUCCAUCUCUUGCUAACUAGUGUCAAAUAACUUGUGACAUGAAUGCAGAGAAGGUUGAUUUUCCUGGUAUUUAUUUUUACUGCCUUUAGGAAAGCACGUAGGUGAAGUGUAGUUGAAGUGAAGGAAAAGAAAGAUGGGAUGUGGACAAGAACUGCAAGUCCAGCAGGCCAGUCCUCCUCCAGUAUAAACUCAUGUUUUGCUUUAGCCUCUGAGAUGGAAGGAACCUAAUGGGUAGUGGGAUUCAUUUCCCUGCACUCCAUCUGUCUAAGUGGCUAGGACCAAGCAGCUCCCUUGACGUCAAUCCAAAGCUAUGCUGGUUCCAUCUUGCUGUUAGGCCUCCCAGGCAAGGGUGUCUAGAGAACUAGGCAGAUCAUUCCGUGGAAAAUGAUUGUACAUAAUAAUGUCAUAAAUUUUGGUGUAAAUUGCUUUUCAAAAGAUUGAUAUUCAUGACAAUCUGGUGUUUUACGUAGUUGUUAAAUAAAGACUUUUUAAAAAAUUAAUCUGU